AUGGAGUAUGGCUGGUAUUGGCUUGACGAUUCUGGAGAGUGGAUUGAGUACGGGGAAGAGUGGGACCAAUCUGCACUGCCUGAUAUCGGGUUCAAGUUGGUAGACCUCAGCUACACUUCCCAUGAAUAUGGAAAAAUUAAGAGGCUGUUUGAGAAGACGAUGAAAGAUUACUGCAUCCAGCAACUACAUAGGAUCCAGAACCCAACACUUUGGCAAAGGGAGCAGAUGAAGAAGCUCAAUAAAUUAAAAUCAGUGGAUGAGCGGCUCCUGUUCCAUGGGACAAGUCCAUCCCACAUGCCCGCCAUCUGUGAGCAGAACUUCGACUGGAGGAUCUGUGGAACUCAUGGGACAAUGUAUGGAAAAGGAAGCUACUUUGCCAGAGACGCCUGCUAUUCUCAUGAGUACUGUUCUUCUCGUCAUGGUCGCUACAGCAUGUUUGUAGCUCACGUUCUUGUUGGAGACUUUGUUCAGGGAAACCCCGAAUACCUUCGCCCUCCACCCAGACCCGGUAAUCCAAACAGACUUUACGACAGCUGCGUGGAUGACCCGACAGACCCUUCCAUCUUUGUCAUCUUUGAGAAGCACCAGAUUUACCCUGCCUAUAUCUUGGAGUACAGCAGUGAGGCCCACUGUAUGAUCCUGUAA